CUUGUCCGCGUCGGCAGCCGGCGUCUACGCCUUGGAGCGCGACAGCCGCAGAGGCCGAGCGAGGCUUCAGCCUGAGCGAGCGACGAAGACGUCGGCGGGUGCGCCCGCCACGCGCACGCAAAAGCAAGGGGCUCGCGCGAGGAAUGCGGCGCGUCGCAGCGCGCGGCGGCCGGCGGCAGCGGCGGAGCGCGACAGGAGGCACGCGCCGCGCGUCGCAGCGAGCGAGGUCGUGUGUGUCUUGUGUGCCUCUCGGGCAGGCGUGUGACCGCGUGGUGGGGGGCGCAGAGCACGGCGACGAGGAGCGAGUGGGGGAUGGAUGUGGCGGGAGCAAAGGUUUUGCUCGCUCGCAGCGACGCGGUACAGGGGGUGCAUCCCUGAGGGCCAGAUGCGGAGCACUCUGGGAGCAGAGGGCCGCUUGGCGGGACAGGCACAGCAGGGGGUCGGGCGACAGGGACGGCGCCGUGAGAGCAGCAUGCAGCCGCAGCCGCCGCGCUGCUCCCUCGCCGUCGCCGUCGAAGUCUAGUCACUGCGCACACGCACGACGAUGAGGAGCGCCCGCCCGCAGAAGCCGCGCAGGAGACAUGCAGCACACGCAGCGGGCCGGGCGGGAAGCGCGAAGGUGCGAGGCCGCAGCU